AUGACUUCAGCUACAGUGUAUACCAUUCUGCUAUGCUGUUUAUUAAUGAAGAAUCAAGCACUGGCAGGUCGUCUUCAACAGAAGUUAUUCGAUGAUGCCGAUGACGAUUUGAAAUAUGCUUUACGAUCUCUAACAACAGGAAAGCCCGCAGUAAAUCCAAACAAUGUCAAUUUUCCAUCAGCAUAUGGUAAAGAUAGCUACGAUGUUUACUGGGCAGGCGAAAAGAUCAGAGGUGUAUCCGCUAGUACGUUUAAAGUUUUAGGUAGUGGUUACGCCAAAGACAGUUAUGAUGUUUAUUAUAUGGGACAAAAGCUCUCGGGUGCUUCAGCUAGUACAUUUCAAGAUCUUGGCAAUGGUUACGCUAAAGACUCUUGGGAUGUUUAUUGUAUGGGACAGAAGAUUUCAGGUGCUUCGGCCAGCACCCUCAGAGUUCUUGGAAACGGUUAUGCCAAGGAUUCAUGGGAUGUCUACUAUUUGGGCAAGAAGAUAUCAGGUGCUUCAGCUAAUACAUUUUCUGUUGUCUGA